UUGUACUUGAUUAAAUGUUUCUGUUUGAAAUUUAUUUUUUCUUUUAAACUGUUAGUGCUGUAAUUGGCUUUCUGCUAGAACCUGUGGUUUAAAAUUGUUUGUGUUUGAUUUUUUUUUAUUUGUUAUUUAUUUAUUUUUUUGCUGAACUCUGUUUGUUCUGUGAGUUAUUGGCAUGAGGGUUUGUGCUAGGUUUGAAAAAAUUGUUAUGACAUGACCUUUGUUGUGAUAGUUCAAUAUAAACCUCAUGUGGAGCACAAUGCAAGAAUGUUGUAAGUGGCUAAUUAAUUUCCACCAUUGAGUUGAGUUAGCUCUAAUGAUUCUUGAAAUGCUGGUCUAUUCAUACAGUUCAGCUUUUUUCAAACCCAUAGCUUAUUAUUAACAAUUGGAGGGAAAUUUGCUAAACUAUAACUUGAAGGAACAUUGUUGGCUAAUGAGGUAAAGGUUUUCUACAUCAAUGGAACGAAAUUGGUGUUGGUGUUUACGAUUUUGAAAAAGUUAUUAAUCCACGGAUGAAACCACAGUAUGUUACACUUUUGUGGGAAUAGGGUGGCAAUUUUAUUCUGCUUUUUGCUGGGGUUGGUUGAUGAUAUAUGUGCAUAACUAUUGUUUGGUUAAAAUUGAAUUGAUUAAAUUUCAAAACAAGAAACUAUCCGAAACUCACUUUUCAUGAUUACCUUUACUAUAUGAUUAAUGCCAAGAGGGGUACUCAGCAACUUGGCAAUGAUCAACAUAAAGCCUUAGAAGAAAAUUGAAAUCUUGUUAAACCAUUCUUUUUUUAAAAAAAAAAAGCAUACUAAAUAUGUAGAUUGAAAUGAAAAACAAAAGAAGGCUAGAAAGAAAAACAUAAAUCCGAGAAUGUGGGAGGAGACCGAGUCCUAUUUAUACUAACUAACUAACUAGUCCUUGGAUCCUAUGUCGUCAGCCAAGCUCCAUUCCGCGAAUCUUGGCUAGCCGGCCAAUAUAACUGCUAUGCAGGUUUUGCCUCGUGCGAUCUUUAUCCACACGUGCUUCGGCAUGGACCUUACAUUGAAUCUGAGCUCAUUUAGCUGGAUCACUCUUUGACUUGACACUUCCUCUCUUUCCUCUUUUAUUGCACUCACUCAACCAUAUUCAGCUGUUUUUACUUCCCUCUUCUAGAUUUGAGUACAAACAAAUAUGCAUACAUUUUUUGCUGGAUAUUUGCGCUGAGUUGUGAGUCGAGUUGGGAUGUCUCGGGUAGUUGUUUUGAAACAGUGAUGCAUCUACUCAGAAAUUUGAGCAAAGAUAUAUGUAAUGCUGUAGACUUUUCACAUGGAGUUAAAUGCAAGUUAUGACAUUGAGCAUUCUCGCUCCUUGGGAAGCUUAGAGCAUGACAUGUGGCCUUUAGAUCCAAUUGAUCCAAAGAAGGCGAAAUUUCCGUGUUGUUUAGUUUGGAAUCCCCUCCCAGUUGUCUCAUGGUUGGCGCCCUUCAUUGGUCAUGUUGGCAUUUGCAGGGAGGAUGGAGUUGUUUUAGAUUUUUUUGGAUCCAAUUUUGUGAAUGUUGAUAAUUUCGCUUUUGGUGGAGUCGCUAGAUACUUGCAACUUGAUCGAAGACAGUGUUGCUUCCCCCAAAACAUAUCUGCGCAUUCAUGCAAGCAUGGCUACCUGCACUCUGAGUAUGGGACAGCAAUCACAUGGGACGAUGCCUUGCAUUCGAGCAUGCGCUGUUUCGAGAACAAAACUUACAACCUCUUCACAUGCAACUGCCAUUUGUUCGUCGCCAACUGUCUUAACCGGCUAUGUUAUGGUGGAUCAAUGAGCUGGAACAUGAUAAAUGUUGGAGCCUUGAUACUAUUCAAGGGUCAUUGGGUUGAUUUCAUGUCAAUUUUAAGGGCUUUCUUGCCUUUUGUUGUGGUUGUUUGCAUUGGUGUUUUGAUGGUUGGAUGGCCCUUCUUAAUUGGCCUAUCAUCAUUUUCAUUACUCUUAAUUGGGUGGUAUUUAAUGGGAACUUACUUGUUUAGAAACCUUUUAGAGCGUUAGAUGAUGCACACCCUUGAAUUGAAGGAUGGUCUUUAUUUUUGUUUCAAAUUCACCAAAUGAUAAGUUUCAGAACAAGAAAUAAGUGUCAUUUUGUGGAAAUUGAAUGAAAAUGGCUUUCAAUGUUCCUUUUUUU